GCAGAGGGCCACCUGGUCUACCACGUCGGACUCCUGAUGAAAGAAAGAUGUACUCGACACCAGUCGUGGUCUUUUGGGUCAUUUCUGUUUUUUAAAAUGAUUGUGAUUAUUCAUAAUAUAGAAUAUUCAUUAUAUUUUCAGUGCUACAUUCAGAACAAAGAACCAUUCUGAAUGUGCAGCUGUUUCUAUGACCUCCUGAACAACCGGAUCAACAGCUUGCAUGUCCCUCUGUCCCUCUGCAGAUGAGGUGGUGUCCACUCUGGGAGCGGGAGCCUUUGGAAAAGUGGUGGAAUGCCUCGACAGAGACAAAGUCCAACGCGUCGCCGUGAAGAUCUUGCGGAACAUCGGGUGUUUCCGCGACGCGGCGCGGUCCGAGAUCGCCGUGCUGGAGGAGAUCAACAGCCUGGACGACGACAACAGAUUUGCCUGCGUGAGGAUGCUGGACUGGUUCGACCACGAGGGUCACAUCUGCAUCGUGUUCCAGCUGCUCGGCCUCAGCACCUUCGAAUUCCUGCGACUGAACGACUUCCUCCCGUUCGGCGUGGAGCAGAUCCGACACAUGGCCUCGCAGAUCUUCCGAGCCGUCUGCUUCCUGCAUCGUAACAAACUGACCCACACAGACCUGAAGCCGGAGAACAUCCUGUUCAUCUGCUCCGACUACGACCAGGAGUACAACCACGAGACGGAGUGUGAGGAGAAGAAGCUGAGGAGCCUGGAUGUGAAGGUGGUGGAUUUUGGCACCGCCACGUUCGACCACGAGCGCCACGAAUCCCUGGUGUCAACGCGGCACUACCGAGCUCCAGAGGUCAUACUGGAUCUGGGCUGGAACCAGUCGUGUGACGUCUGGAGUUUGGGCUGCGUUCUCAUGGAGUUUUACCUGGGACACGCACUCUUCCAGACCCACGACAGUGAAGAACAUCUGGCGAUGAUGGAGAGGAUCCUGGGGCCGAUUCCCCUCCACCUGCUGAAACAGACCCCCAGAGAGCAGCGCCACGUGCACGGCGGGCGUCCGGCCCGGGACCAGCUGACCUCCGGCGGCGAUGGCGUCGGGAGACACUGCAGGCCGCUGAAGAGGUACAUGCGGGGGACGAGCGAGGACGAGAGGCAGCUGUUCGACCUGCUGGGCUUCAUGUUGGAGUACAACGCCGGCAGGCGGAUCACGCUGGAGGAGGCGCUGUGGCACCCGUUCUUCGGCCCGCCGUGGGGCAAGAAGCCCCCCCCCCCCCCCCCCCCUGUGACUUGAAGCCACUUUGACGCUUUCUAAAAAAUAGUUUAAUACGGAUCCGACCUCCAGCAGAAGAGUGGCCUUUUUUUUCUCCUCCUCCUCCUGCCGGAGAUCCAGGGCGGACGGCUGGACCCGCUGGAGGGGGGGGGGGGGGGGGCAACGGGAGAGACGCGGAUCCAGGACUGAUCUGCUGCACUGAAAUGAUGAGAUGGUUUUCUAAAGGUCUGAGUCUGGUGCUCAGAGACAUUGAAUCCACGGGGAUCAGGAAGGUUCCUCGUGGAGGCUCCAAGCCUCUGGACCUCCACACACAACUGUUUUUUGUUUAAAGCUGAUGAGUUGGACUUUUUAAAAUAAUCCAGCCUGUUUCAGGGAGCAUUUCUGUCGACUUCAUCUUAAAAUCUCAUCAUGACCCAAUAGUUAUUCAGACAGAAUAUUUCUGUAUUCUCCUUCAUUUGUUCAUCGUUGGUAAAUAAUUUCUAUUUCUAUUUACUCCUUUCUUUUUGGUCAUUUAUUGCUUUUUUUUGUCUCUUCUUAAUAUGUUGUGUCCCUGUGCUUGCUUUUCAUUUAUUUGUAUCAUUUGUGUCUUAUUGUAUUUUUUUUGUCAUUUUGUGUCUCUUAAUAAAAUGUAGUAAUUCAUUUUGUAGCGACCCUUCCAUCUAUCUGUGGAACCUCGACUAAAGCAGAGAUGACAUGAGAGUAUUAUUCCUUUAAGUGGUGCAUAUAAAUAUAGACACACCCUUCCUUCAUGCAGCCGGUCUAAAGUCAACAUGUGUACCCGCUUUGUUGAAACAGGCGGAUAUUUAGCAAGAUUCAAGCGUCAGGGGAAGUUUCCAUGAGCAAAUAUUUAUCCAGCUCUGAGGUAGUCUCCUCUGUUAUCUGAGGACCAUCAGUUUAAAGCUCCUAAAUCACAUGCAGGUAAUAAAGCAUGGUGAAACCAUGCCAAGGCAUACAGUCUGUGCAUCAUGUGGCGGGUUCCAGCCUGUCUCGUGACCUUUGCCGCAGCAAUUUACUACACACAGGAUAUAAUAAACGUAUAAAGGCAAAAUACAACAAUUCA